AUGUGAUGAGGCAUGCGGAGGUCCAUGUUGGGGGCCCAGGAAUGACACCUGCCAGAGCUUGACGAAGACAGUGUGUAUCCCUCAGUGUAAUGGCCGCUGCUUUGGGAGGAGUCCUAGUGAGUGCUGUCAUAUGGAGUGUGCAGGAGGUUGCACCGAACCCCUGGACACCGACUGCUUUGCCUGCCGUAACUUCAACAACCCAGGCUCCUGUGUGCCCCAGUGUCCCCAGACCCUCAUCUACAACAAGCACACCUUCAAACUGGAACCCAACCCCAGCGCCAAGUACCAGUACAGUUCCAUCUGUGUGGCCCAGUGCCCCAGUGAGUCCACACACAGCAUGCUCUACCCAGCUCUACCCGGUGCACAACUGAGCCAGAGUGUCACGUCCUGACCAUAGUAAGUUGUUAUUUUCUAUAGAGUAGGUCAGGGCGUGAC